CCCACGUCCAUCCUCACCCUCCCUUUUUUACCUCCCCCCCCCAUAACCCUAAUAUCCAUCACCAUGGCUGACGAGCACGAGACCUUCGAGUCCGCCGACGCUGGCGCCUCUGCCACCUACCCCAUGCAGUGCUCUGCCCUGCGCAAGAACGGUCACGUUGUCAUCAAGAACCGUCCCUGCAAGAUCGUCGACAUGUCCACCUCCAAGACCGGCAAGCACGGUCACGCCAAGGUCCACAUGGUCGCCAUCGACAUCUUCACCGGCAAGAAGCUCGAGGAUCUGUCCCCCUCCACCCACAACAUGGACGUCCCCAACGUCUACCGCAAGGAAUACCAGCUCCUCGACGUCACUGACGACGACUUCCUCUCCCUGAUGGACGAGACCGGUGCCACCAAGGACGACGUCAAGCUCCCCGAGGGUGAGGUUGGUGACCGCAUCAUCAAGAUGUUCCGUGAAGAGGAGAAGGACUGCAACGUCACUAUCCUCACCGCCAUGGGUGAGCAGUGCUGCAUGGAUGUCAAGGAGGCCCCCAAAUAAUGAAUUACCGUCUCCAUGGGCCAUUUACUACUCUGUCAGCCCUUGUGUUUUAAGAGCCCUGCCCAGUCCUGCCCUUGAUCUGGUGGAUCGCGACCUUUUGAGCAGGUGCGGCGUAAUAUGCUUUGAUAUCCGUCGGACAGCCUUGGGUAUGCGCUGAGCUGGCCACGAUGGUCACGUUUACUUGGCAGCAUAAAGCGUGCUUUGUCAGAGAACAGUUCUUGUGUUCAGCACCCUCACGAUAGUUUGACGAAUAAAAAAUUACUUUCUUCAAACCACAUGUGAUGUAACUGCAGGUGAUAGUAGCUGCAAUUGGUA